AUGUUAGAAGAUAGUAGACUUCUCAGGCUUCCAACCGAAACUUUGUAUAUUAUAAUGGAACAAUUAAAUAUAAAUGACCGAAAAAAUCUUUCUCAAACUUGUCGAUUGCUAUAUCGCAUGACAACCAAAUUUCGUUUCGGAUUUGUGUCACCUGAAUGGGAGGCUGUAAAUGUUGGAAUCACUAACAGUAACAUUAUCGCAUCUAAUUACCGAGAUGGUGUAUGGUCUAAUAAUAUAUUCUAUCUUGUGAUCUUUUUCAAAGAUCAACCAAUUUGUUGGUCUCUUAAUUUGGACGCCCGUCCGAUCACGUGGACUAGAACUAUAAUAGUUCUAGAAUCACCUGAUUCAUAUGAACCAGUUCGGUAUUGUGCCGCAGCGGUCAUUACAAACUCAAUGUAUAUAUUUGGUGGUGAAAAUAUAGAAACCGAAGAAUUAUCUAAUGUGCUCUAUAAAUUAGAUAUGACAUCUUUUAAAAUGGUUAAAAUAGAAUCUUCAGCAACCACCGCUCCUAGAAAGAUGCAUUCCCUUAAUGCUAUCAAUAGUGGACGUUUGGUAAUGUUUGGUGGACGAUGCCUGAUGAAUGGAGAAAUGUAUGAUACUCAACAUUUUGCCAUUUAUGACAUAAACAAUAGAUGUUGGUCUAAUAUAAAAUCAAAUAACAUACCUUAUCGACGUGCUUCGCAUAGUACAAUUGUAUUAGAUGAAAAACUCUACAUCUACGGUGGUCAACAAAUAAAUUCCUCUUCAGCAUCAACAGAAACACAGAUACACGAUGAUAAGGAUAUUCAUCUGUAUGAUGUUCGCCAAGAAAAUUGGAAUAAAAUUAUCGCACCUUACCCUGAUGGUUCUCGAUUAUCACCUACAUUAACUCUUCCGUCAGAUUGGAUAAAAACGGAUGGAAGUAAAGUCGGAAGAAGAGUACAUGCUGCGAUAUUUUCAAUGAGCCAACGUAUCAUUAUUUUAGGUGGAAAGGAAAGAGAUAAUUUUCGAUAUGAAAAUGAGACAAAUGAGGGACGACCAUGGGAGCUCUUAAAAUCUUUAUCAUUGGAAGAACGUAAUUGGGAUCAUAUAAGAAUUAAAGGAUUGCCACAGAUGGGUUGCGUCGCUGUGGUUGGCGAAUAUAAAAGUGAAACAAAAGGCAUAUUUGUCGUCGGAAAGGUUCAUAAUGAUGAUGAUUUAAUUAUGGGUUGGAUUAAAGAUUCUAUUGACAUAUGA